UCAAGAUAUCUUUGUGAAAGUAAAGCAAACAUAUCUAGAGGCAGUGGUUUAGUUAAAGAUAAACUUCUGUCUGAAAAAAAAAAUGAUGAUGGACGUUGAUAUCAUCUCAAGAGAAAUCAUCAAACCAUCUUCACCAGCAAUUCAUCAUAUAAAACCCUUCAAACUCUCUCUCUUGGACCAGAUCACUCCUACAACCUAUGCUCCACUUAUCCUCUUUUACCCCAAGAACCAUAUUCAUUCCAAGAAUCCCCAAGCUCACCUAAAAAACUCACUUUCAGAAACCCUAAAUAGUUUCUACCCAUUUUCUGGAAGGAUGAAAGACAACCUCUUUAUUGAUUAUUAUGAAGAGGGCAUUCCAUAUAAUGAGGCCCGAGUCCAUUGCUGUUUGUCUAAAUUUCUUCAAAAUCCUAAAACGGAGUCGUUAAACCAUUUUCUUCCUUGCUCUCCAUUUCGCAAAGAACCAAACCCAAUGGAAGCUGCCCAAUUUGCUGUACAAGUGAACAUAUUUGAUUGUGGUGGAAUAGCAAUCGGUUUAUGCGCGUCACAUAAGAUCACAGAUGGAAUCACCCUGAGUGCUUUCCUUAGCACUUGGGCUGCCACUACAGGCGGGCCUUGUAACAAGUUAGUAAGUCCUAAUUUUACCGAGGCAUCAUCAUUAUCACACUUUCCUCCACAAAAUAUAUUGCCUCAUAUUGCUAAACCUUUAGUGGAAAGGCUUUGGUUCAGGGAAGGCAAGUACAAGACAAGGAGAUUUGUGUUUGAUGCCAAGGCCAUAGCUACUCUAAGGGCAAAGGCAAGGAGUGAACGAGUGGAAAACCCAACCCGAGUUGAAUCACUAUCUGGUUUCAUUUGUAAACACGCUAGAGCUGCUUCUAGAUUAGCAUCUGGUUCUCCAAGGCCAUCUAUACUGGCCCAAGCGAUAAGCAUCCGGAGAAAAGCAAAGCCACGCUUGUCGGAUUCUUCUAUGGGUAAUAUCUUUUGGUGGGCAUUAGCAGCCUACGAUUAUAACUCAGCAGAGUCGACAGAGAUCGAGAUGCGUGGCUUGGUGGCAACCCUCAAAGAAGCUGUGUCAAAAAUCGACAGUGAUGUGAGAAUUCUGCAAGGUCACGAAGGUUUUAUAGGCUUGAUCGAGUACGCAAUCCAAAAGGCUGCAACGGUAGUAUUCUCCAGAGAGAACCCUGAAAUUUUUGCUUUCACCAGUUGGUUAACAUUUGGUUUCAACGAAAUCGAUUUUGGAUGGGGAAAACCCAUUUGGGUUGGGCUGAUGGGGGAAGUAGGCUCCGGUAGGAAACUCACUAUUCUCCAAAAUGCUAUCUAUGGCAAAGGAAUUGAAGCAUGGGUGACCUUAGAUGAAAACGUUAUGGCUAUAUUGGAGGACGAUGCUGAAUUCCUCGCCUUAGCUACUUUAAACCCAAGUGUGAUAAGCCAAUGAGGCUAUACUUUGAUAAUACCCAUCUCUGAUCUGUACUAGUAUCUAUAUUGUUGCGUAACUUAUGUAUUGAUGAUUGUAUUCCAAUCAAACUAAUAAAGCUAGUGAGCUAUACUAAAAGGAGGAUGGUUAUUACAGUGUGUAAUAGUGACCUAUACUAGUAUCUAUAGCGUGUUUCAAUAACUAAAAUCAACUCACGAUUUCAGUUUAUGUAUACAGUGUGUAACAGA